AUGGCCGGACUGAAGCUUCUCCUCCUCCUAGCCCUGGUCGCCACCACCUGCACGGCGCAAGCACCGUCCGGAGCUCCCACGGUGUCCCCCGCUGCCACGCCGGCGCCUGUCCCGGUGGCGCCGCCCACCGCCACCCCACCUCCCUCGCCGGCUCCGACCACCGCCGCUCCGACCCCGGGCCCCAUCGCCUCCCCCACCUCGUCGCCACCCGCCGGAGAGCCCGCAGCCGCGCCGGCUCCAGGCGCCAGUACCCCGACCGCCGCACCCGCCCCCGGCGCCGCUGGUCCCGGAGCCGCCACACCCUCUGAACAGACUCCGGCCGACGGCUCGAACGAUGGGUUCGUGAGUAGGGCCGCCGUUGGCGGCACCGCCUUCGCGGCGGCGAUCGUUGCGUUGGCGUUGAUUUAG